AUGGGGCAUGAGUCUAUUUGUGUAUUGCAAUUCAUGGUUGUACGGCGCCCACACCUAGACAGGAGGACGAUUAGGGUUCUCAACCAAAGCCUUUGGCUCAAAAGCCUAACCGCAAGGCAGCGGUGUUUGGCGGGAAAUGCAAAUGCAUUACCAUUUUUACGGAACAAGUCGCCACAUGUUCCAAUCCCCAACUUGGAAGGCCAGGAGACUGUGUUCGUCAGACCUCUAACCAUUGACCAACCUGGUAUGAGAGAUAUAGCUCAAUGGAUCGCUGAGGUGCGCAAACCGUCACACCACGGUAAGGUCCAGUUCGUUAGAAGACCACGGCCCAGCAGGGGUAACGCAGUCCCCAUCCUGGAAGACGAACAGCACCGACAGCACCCUAACUCAUCAAGAUCUCUUCCACACCCUUCUGUUAAGUCAUACGUUCAUCACCAUCAUCACCAACAGCAUCAGCGUUCGGAACUGAUGCUUCGCCACCGUAUAGCCAUAAUCUCUUUAAAAGGCUUAUUACGGCGAAGUGACUCACUGCUAGCCUACCAUAUUCAGUCUGAAGUGUCUACACCUCCAGACACUCAAAUAAUCUGGAUACAAACUGACAACAUGAACGCCAUUGACAUCGAUUAG